AUGGAGGAACUGUUCCUACGAGCGGGAUUGCCGGCCGACAAGGUUAAACAAACUUUAAAGAAUGAGAGUCUGGCUCAGCAGCUGGCCGACUCUCUCAACGGUCUUGGCACUGACAUCACGAAGGAGAAUGGCACGCAGGUUUAUACGCUCGUGACGAAAUCGAAGAAGAAAGACCAUAUCGCUUCUAUUCUGCCUUACAUCGCCAAGAACCAACUGGACACGCCAGCAAAAUUGGAUGCGGCGAUUCUCUACGCUGCGAAUGCUGAGUUUGUUUCCGCCAACUUUGAGAAAGAAUGCGGCGUCGGCGUUGUUAUUUCGGGCGAGGACAUUGAAAAAGCGCUCAGAACCGUCAUUGAAGAAAAUAAAGAACAACUCGUUAAACAAAGAUACAAGUUCAAUGUGGGGAUUCUUCUUGGAAAGGCACGAAUCCUCGUUCCCUUCGCUGAUGGCAAGAAACUUAAAGGAGAGUUGGACGCACAAAUUCUCGAGCUCCUGGGCCCCAAAACUGAGGCUGACCUGGCCAAGCCAACAAAGACAAAAGCCAAGAAAGCGCCCAAAGAAGCGAAGGAUUCCGCGCCAAAGGAGACGAAAGCGAUCGAGUCCUUCCAAAAUGUAAUCAAAGGUGCUGCCUCGCAGUUCCACAAAGUCGGUGAAAACUACAAAACAGAUCGAUACGUCAUGACACCCAAUACAAUGAAGCAUAUGGAGAAUCACCUGAAAGUUACUGGAGGACAAGUUCGCACACGAUUUCCUCCUGAACCGAACGGAAUUCUUCAUAUUGGCCAUGCGAAGGCAAUUAACUUCAACUUUGGCUACGCGAAAGCAAUGGAUGGCGUUUGCUAUUUGCGAUACGACGAUACCAAUCCUGAAAAAGAAGAAGAGAAGUUUUUCACUGCGAUUAAAGAUAUGGUUGAAUGGCUUGGAUACACUCCAUGGAAAGUUACCCACGCUUCUGAUAACUUCCAGGAACUUUACGAACUUGCUAUCAAGCUAAUCAAGGAAGAUCUUGCCUAUAUCUGCCACAUGACUGCUGAUGAGCUCAAAGGAAUCGACUCUCCGCAUUCUCCAUGGAGAAAUAGACCUAUCGAAGAGUCGCUGGCUCUCUUCCGAGAUAUGAAAAACGGAAAGAUUGAAGAAGGAAAGGCUACUCUGCGAAUGAAGCACGUGAUGGAGGAUGGAAAGAAAGAUCCCGUCGCUUACAGAGUGAAAUUUACGCCCCAUCAUCGAACUGGCGAGGAGUGGUGCAUCUAUCCAACUUAUGACUUUACUCACUGCUUGUGUGACUCGAUCGAGCACAUCUCGCAUUCGCUGUGCACGAAGGAGUUUCAAGCCCGACGUUCUUCCUACUUCUGGCUCUGCAACGCCGUCGAUGUGUAUUGCCCCGUUCAGUGGGAAUACGGCCGACUCAAUAUCGACUAUACAAUUUGCUCUAAGCGAAAGAUUCAAGCGCUCAUCGACUCUGGUCUCGUACGGGAUUGGGACGAUCCUCGUCUCUUCACUCUUACCGCUCUUCGUCGAAGAGGUUUCCCGCCACAAGCGAUUAAUAACUUCUGUGGACUUGUCGGAGUGACUGGCGCCGACUGUACUCUAGAACCCGCUAUGUUGGAGCAUUGUGUUCGCGAUGAGCUCAACAGAACGGCGCUUAGAAGAAUCGCCGUCAUGGAUCCAUUGAAAAUUAAAAUCACCAAUUUUGAUAAGUUGAAUAUUGCCGCUACCUGCGAAGUUCAAAAUGUUCCCAAUGAAACGGCGAUUGAGAUGGGCAUCAAUUUGACACGACAUCUCAACAUUAGCGACACUAUUUAUAUUGAACGGGACGAUUUUGCGGAAGUUCCACCUAAGGGUUUCCGUCGUCUAACACCAGGUCAAUCUGUUGGACUCAAGUACGGCGAGCUUGUCAUUUCUGUUGCAAAAGUUAUCAAAAACAAAAAUGGUGAAGUUGAAUGCGUGGAAGUCACUGCGCAGAAGUCGACGGAAGCCGAGAAGCCAAAAGCGUUUAUCCAUUGGCUGGAUGUCAAGCGAUCACAUGAUGCUGAAGCUCGUCUGUACUCGCAGCUAUUCAAGGAAAAGGAUCCAACCAGUGUCCCAGGGGGAUAUCUCGCUGCUGCCAAUAAGUCAUCGUUAGAAGUGAAGAAAAUAAAGGUCGAGUCGUGUUUGACUGGAAAGCAAUUGAAAGUAUUCGAUAAAUUCCAAUUCGAAAGAGUUGGCUAUUUCUGUUACGAUAAGGAUUCUACGGCGAAGCUUCCAGUUUACAAUUUGACUAUUGGAUUGAAGGAGGACAAGGGAAAAUAG